ACAGUGUGUAGUUCUAACAGCCACCGUUUUAAAUUCGUAAAUAUUAAAUAUAGACGUUUUGUAUAUUUGUUGUUAUUAAUAAGAUUAACAAUGGCUGAAGGUUAUGGUGGGGCCAAACCAAAGACAAGAGGCCGGGACGGAAAUGCCGGUAAAGCUAAGAAAGGAAGGGUAGACAAAUCCAGUUCCGCAUUUACAUUGCAGAGUGUUAAAAAUCAUAAUGCAGUGGAAAAACCUGGUGUAGCAACAGCAAGAUGUUUUAGCGAUAACUUAAAUAUGACUGAUUAUAAAGCAAAAAACAGUGUAGACGAGAUUUAUUUUCUUGAAGGAGUUGAGCAAAUACAGACGAAAUCUCCAAAGUUUGAAGAUACUGAUACAGAAUUGAAUAGUGCUUGCAUUAAUUAUAAUAACGUAACAAAUGUAAACUCAUGUAAUGGAUUAAAGUUUCCAUUAAGUGAUUGCAGUGGAGAAAAGUUUGAUGGUAUAAGGUUUCAGGAGUUUGGUAAACUCUCUAAAGAGAAAGAACAAGAGUAUUUGUCUGCAAGGGAACGAUGGAAGAAAUCAGGUCUUGCGCUUAGAAAAUAUAUCGCGGAAAAACUUGGAUUUAGACAAGAGGAGAGGACUAAGAAUAGCUUUGAGCGUGUAAAAAAACAAGAAAAUGGCGUGAAAAGAAAAUCUGAAAAUAUUCAGUUGGUUAAAAAGAGAAAUAACCUUCAAGGGUCUGAAAGUUUUAAAGAUGAAUCUGUUAUGCCAAGGUCAAAGUCAUUUCUGAGAUAUUUUGGAUUUGGAAAGGAAAAUGGCAGUAACAGAGUAAGUCAAGGUGGGAUGAAAAGUUCAAAAAGUUUUGAUGCAUCAUCAAGUGAUGCUUGGCCUGAGAGUUCAACUGACACUUGUAAGUCGACUUCUGAUUGGUCGGCUGAUAACACUUUAACAAAUCAGAGUUCAGAUAAUAAUAUUUGGACGAAUCAAAAGUGUCGAGGCACACAGACACAAAAUCCAACUAAUUGUAAGUGUCAGAAAGGAGCAAAGGCUAAAAAAGCACCUGAAUGUAAGCAUAAAUCAAAAUCACAUAGACAUUUGAAACAGCAAAAGUCAAAUAAGGAGUCUACAAAGAAUGACUGUUUAAAAUCAGACCAAUCGAAGAAGAAAACAGGGCUAGACAAAGAGAAAUGGAUCGGAAUUCUUGAUAAUGAAAUACCAUCAUCAUCGGAGGGGGAGGAAGAAUUUGAAUAUGUUUUAGAUCCAGAGUAUGGUGAAAUAGUAAGAAGAGCCAAAUCACGGAAACCACGUUCAUCCAGUGGUCAAAGUAAUUCCAAAAGCACCGAUACAGGUUCAAGAGGUAGUCAAGAAAUAAGAGACUCGACAUACGAGGCUUUGUUAACUCUACAUCAUGCUAUCCCAUACCUUCCCGAGAGUUUUAGAAACAGGCUUCAAAGUACGUCUGCUGACCAAGGGCAGACAAGUCAUGAUACCACUAAUUCCAAUAGUUCAGUGGAGGUCACUCUAAACAAUACAGGGGAGGUCACUCUAAACAAUACAAAGGUGAAAGCAUCGAGGGAAAAAAAUACUGAAUUAGGUUAUUCAAUAACUGGAGACAAACAUUUACAGUCAUCUAAAAAUAGUUUGGUAGAAAAACGAAAACAAACCCAAAGAGAUGAAAAGAACCUUAAGAAAUUUAAUAAAGACAAAAGUAAUUGGAAAAGAAGGCUUGAGGAAAGUGAUAAAAGUGGUAUUGAUAAAAGAUAUGAGUCGUAUGAUAUGGUAGAAGAUUUUGAGAACACCUUGGAAGAUCCGUUUAUUGUGAAAUCCGAUUCAAAAAUAGAUCUAUGUUCUGGCUUGAUGGAUUUAGUUAGAGAGAUCGACAUUCCAUUUAUAGAUGAAGACGGUGAAACUAAAUUUGAUAACAUUGGAAAGGAGAGGAGCGCUAGGCAAAGAGAUGUUACAGACAAUUAUAGUGGUGUUAUGCCUGAUAUAUGUGAUACAAGUGGAUUUAGCCCUGAUGUAAGAAUACCUCUGAAUUGCCAUGAAGGGACCAGUGCCGGUGAUAAUUCAGAAAGACUUAGUAGAAACUGUAUUGGAAUGCUGAACUGUAGUUCAGGAACAAGGGAAGCCAGGACCAAUCGGGUUGAAGAUAAAGAUUUUUACGGGAAUAUAGUUGGUUCCUCGGAGACGAGUUUUGAAGAUGACCCAGAUUACCCGGGUAUGAGGACACUAAAUGACAGCUUUAACCGUCUCCUUGGCGACGAUGAUACUGACACAAGUACUGACAGUUCUGUACUUCCAAAUUUCAUGCAAAGGUCAUCAAGGUCAGAUGAAUCUGGGUCAAGGUCAAAGUCAUCAGAUGAUAGCAUAGAGGCAGAUGAUGAGUUUGAGUGUGAAUGUGAACAUUGUCAGUUGCUACGGCAACACAGUUAUGGCACCAGUAACCUUGACCUUUUGCCCCCAAGGUUAUACACAGAGGAUAUGGGAUUUCCAUAUGACCUAGAAAGUUCAGCUUCAGGUCAAACUGAUACGGAGUCUAGUACAGGAUUCAGAUCAGCCAUGUUUCUAGAGGACUAUGAUUUUCUGCUGGACAGAUCUAACAAUGAGCUUGACUGGUUAAUUGUUGAUAGUCGACCAUUGUCUUUGAUGUUAGAGGACGUGAUACAGCAGAUGUUGGCAGUACAACCCGAGUUAUUGAGUGAACAGGCUGCACCACCGGCCCCACAGAUUGUGAUCGAAAACCUACCCACAAUUCCUCUUACUUUAUCUCAUAUUGAUCAACAUCCAUCAUGUCCGAUAUGUCUUUGUCUAUGUGAAGUAGAGGAACUGAUGACACUGUUACCAUGCCAACAUAUAUUCCAUCCUAUAUGUAUACAGGCUUGGCUUAUCAAGUCAGGGACUUGCCCUGUGUGUAGAGCCAAACUUAACAAAUGAUUUCUACAACAUGAAGUUCUACCAUGGAGACUCAAGUGACUUACGUUUCAGUGUAUAAUUAAAGCAGGUCAUUUGGAACUACCAAGUGUCAUUCCUCGAGAACAAACGUAACAUGACAGUCUGCGAUGUGCAAAACACGGUGUAAUAUUAAAACAUGUUAAACAUUUUCUAGAACUGGUAAAGGUAAAAUGUAAAGAUGGACCAUUGAUAAAGUGAUAGUUUCUCAUCUCUUACAACAAUAUUACAGGAUGUACAAUUGUUAUUUGAGCCGUGUCACGACAAAACCAACAUAAUGGGUUUGCGACCAGCAUGGAUCCAGACCAGCCUGAUCAGGAGUCAUGCUGUUCGCUUAUGAACCCUAUAACAAGUAGAGAAGUGAUAGCGAACAGCAUGGAUCCUGAUCAGACUGCGCAUAUGCAAACCCAUUAUGUUGGUUUUGUCAUGACACGGCUCAUUUCAUUUUAAAGUAUUGUUUUACAGGAGUGUGGAAGAUGCCACUUGUUCAUUUUUUUCUAAAAAUCUAAAGAUUUAUUAAAUGAUUUUCACAACAUAGUCAUGAAAAUGUACCGUUGUACCGAUAGUAAAAUGUUGUUUUCCUUCA